AUGUGGAAUUAUCUCUUUGGUGGAAAUAAACAACAGAAGAAGGAAUUACCUAAAAAGGCGAUAGUGGAAUUACGUGAACAUAUUCAAAUGUUGAAUAAGAAACGUUCCCAUUUAGAACAACAAAUUACUGAUCAAGAGAAUUUAGCUAGGAAAUAUGUUAGUUCUAAACAAACUACAUUAGCAAAGAAUGCUUUAAAGCGUAAGAAAGGAUUUGAAAGUAAUUUAAUGAAAAUUGAAAACCAAAUUGAUUCAUUAGAAACUCAAUUGUUUGCUAUUGAAGGAGCUAAUUUGAAUUUAGAAACCAUGAAAGCAAUGAAACAAGGUGCAAGUGCAAUGAAACAAAUCCAUGGAGAAUAUGAUGUCGAUAAAGUUGAAAAUACUAUGGAUGAUAUUAGAGAACAAGUUGAAUUGGCUGAUGAAAUCUCUGAAGCUAUAUCGAGACCUGUUGGUAAUGAUUAUGUUGAUGAAGAUGAAUUAGAUGAAGAAUUAGCUGCUUUACAAGAAGAACAACAACAAAUCAGUCAACCUAAAGUUGAAACCAAAAUACCUGAUGAGAAAUUACCUGAUUUCCCAACUGUUAGUAAAUCAAAACCUCAACAAAUUGAAGAAGAUGAAGAUGAAGAAGCUUUGAAAGCCUUACAAGCUGAAAUGGGUUUAUAG